AAUUAGAAGAAGUAGAACAAUCCCGUUCAAUUGAUACAGGAAAAGCUCUACUUAUAAGUAAUAAUGGCAAGUUGAAAUUACCUUGGUGGACGUUACCUUCUGUCGAAAUUGAACUCAUAACUUUGGACGUAGGAAGAACCUUUUCAACUUGGGAUUCUUGCGAAUUAUUUCUAAAGGAAUGGGCCAAAAAACAAGGCUUUCGUAUAGUCAAAGAUCGGGUGUACCGCGAAGAAGGUGUCAUUCGGCGACGAACGUUUAUAUGUGUACACAGUCGGAGCUAUGAUUCGAAUUCAAACAAGGACACCAGUUCAAAAAGAACUCGAUGCCCUUUUCUGGUUAAUACCUCGUGUCCGAAAGUUAAGAAUCCUGAGACUUUAGUGUUUAUUAACAAAGUUGUAGACAAACAUAAUCACGCAUUAAAUAAAGCAAUUAUAGAAUUCGAAGAAUCAAGGAAAUUUACAAGCGAAAUGAUGGAAAACAUCAAAUUUAUGACUGUAUCAUGCAAAUUCGGCACGACUGCCCAAAGAAAAUUUCUUGAAAGCAAAUUUCCAUCACAUCCUAUUCAUUCGAAAGAUCUUUACGCUGCAAUAAAUAAAUUUCGUCCGACACAGAAAUCUUUAUCAAAUGAUGCAGCACAGAUUUCGAAUUGGCUCGAUCAACAGAAAGAGCUCGACUCUCGGUGGUUUGUGGUGCGAGGGUGGGACGAUGAUAAUGCUCUAACUCAUUUGCUAUGGAUGACACCAGAACAAAUUGAGAAUUGGAUACAGUAUUCUGAUUGUGUUCUUAAUGACAUUACCCACAAAACCAACCGCUACGGAAUGGCUUUAUCAUUAUUUGUUGGAUUUAACAAUGAUCGACGUAAUAUCUUGCUUGCUCAAGGUCUUCUAGCAGAUGAAAGUCUUGAAUCACAUAUCUGGAUGUUUAGUCAGAUAAUAAAAGCGACUGGUGUACAUCCAGGUGUUAUACUUACCGAUGCUGAUCCAGCAGUGGAUUCUGCCAUUCAUCAAAUAUUUAUUUUCACAUAUCCCAUACAUUGCGCUUAUCAUAUUACCCAGAAUCUACACAAGAAUCUCAGGAAAGUCUUAGGUGAAGAGUAUCAAAAGUUUCUUGAUGAAUUCUAUCUUUGCCGUAAUAGCUUUGUUGAAGAUUGUUUUCAACAAAGAUUUGAUAAGCUUAUACAAGACUAUCCGAAUGCUCGAAAUUACCUAGAAUUUCUUUAUAAAUCAAAGACAUCUUGGGCACAUUGCUUUACCGGGUUUAGAUUUACAGGUGGUAUGAUAGCAACCUCUCGUGUGGAAUCUGUGAAUGCGUGUUUGAAGCGUUUGCUGUAUAACUCGAAUGUUUCGUUAUGUGAUCUUAUGGGCGAAAUUCACAAACUUCUUGAUCUGCAAGAUAAAGAAAAUGAGUACAAGUUUUGGCAACUAUCGAUUCCCACUAUACGAAAUCAAAAUAAAGUGAAUUUUCUAUUCACUAAAAUUGAUCAAUGCCUUCAACGAUAUCUCACAGCUUCUUUGUUAAAGAUGCAUCGCGACGAGAUGAAUCAGUCUUUAUAUUAUAUAGCGGUUCCUAUUACUCAGGAAGAUGCAGAAAGCAUGGAUGAGGAUCAAACCAUAUUUGCAAAUGAUACAUUUGUUGAUACCCCACAAGCCACAUUGAAACGAAUAAUCAAAUUUGUUGGUUCUCUUAAUAUUAAAGAAAUUUGGGCUGUAAUGUUAGCCACGAGAAAUGCCUACUUUCAUAUUAGAUUAAUUCCAACACGAUGGUAUAAUGAGAGCAGAAAUGGUUCAGAAGAGCCAUUUUUGCUAGCAGAUAAGUAUAUGCAAGAUGAUCAAACUAUAACACAUGAUUCAAAUGGUACGGUGGCAUAUUUGUGUCUUUUUGAUCAGGAUUGUAAAGACUUUCGUGAAGAAAGUCUAACUGUUCUUGAACAGAAGGCUGUUUAUGGAAAAUUGCAUAGUAUAUAUAAGAAAGCUCUUCAUAAGGCAUUGCAAAAUCAUUCAAAAUCACAGCAGCUUAUUGGUUUACUUCAAGAAUUUGCUGAAGAAGAUAUUAAUGAACAGUCUGAUUCAAAUAAAAGUUUACAAGCCAACGAUAUUAGUGACGGAGAAAAUGAUAAUUCUGCAAUACCUCAAUUAAGAAAUCCAAAGAAACAUCGUGGAAAGGGACGACCGCUGGGUACUAAAAGAUUUAAAUCAUCACAUGAGAGUUACGAACCAAAAAUAAAACAUCAACGUCAAUGUAAGAAGUGUGGAAAUGUAGGUCAUUACCAAAAAAAUUGCAAG